GUCAGCUGAGCGCUCCAAAAAAUUUACGAUUUGGAAAAUGUGCUGGUUUGUUUUUUGAGUGAAAUCCAUGUGCUCUUUGAAUGCCAAACUUUAGCAAACUGGUGUGUGUGUGUGUGUAAGUCUGUCUGUUAGCAUCAGCUGCCUUCAUUUGAGCAGGUUUUAAAGAUGCAAUGUGUAAAAUAAUAAUUAGUUUGAAGGGCUGUCGUCGGAGUCAACUAGUUGCCUGUUGCCACCUCUCUUUACUAUGGCGCAACCUUUUUCACUGUGUGCCUAAUAAGUCUUAUAAUAUAUGUAUGGUGCGCCUUUUUCAUAGCUACUCCUGUAUUCGUUUGCCUGGGGCUCCACCCUCCACUCUGUCAGUCUUUAUGGGUGCGUGACACCCGACAUUCCCGUGAACCAGUUUGUCUGCCAGCCGGUGUGAGCUUCCGGAAAAUCUCUGGUGUUGCGGCCGGUGCUAUUUCUGUGUGGUGGUGAGCGGUGGGUUAACUGGAGAGCGCGUAAAGCCCUCCUCCGGGCAUGGGCGGCUGGCUCGCCCCCUCUGGUCCCGUGGAGAUUUUGUUUUCUAAAACUUUCUGUUCGCUUGGAGGAAGUAAAGCAGAAACAUGGAGCGAUGCUUUGGGAAAUGCGGGUCCUUGAACUGAAAAAAAACUGAUUUAUUCCGUUUCCUUUUGAACUCACUUGAUUACGUAGACUGGAGAGAUUUUUCCUGUUGUUCUUUUCCGCCGGUUUGAUGUCCCGACUGGGACUUGUCGAUCAGGGAGGUAACAGACGAUGGCUGACAUCACCUGUGUCAUUGCCUAGCAACAAGAGCCCCGCUGAGAGGUAAGGGAGCCUGGAGGUCUAACGUUUAUUUUUCUAUUAUGGUGAAAACAAAAAAAGUUGAAGUCACGGUCCCGAGAGCUGCAUUGUUUUAAUAAAUAAUAAUGAAUAACAGAUGAUCGCACCAAGUUUACAAAACACUUGAAACAACGACUAACUUUGUUGGACUCGCUUUAUUUAACCCAUGAAAUCCACUUCAGUUCAGAUGGAUUUGGAAAGUAGAUUGAAGACACCAUUGUUCACAGAAAUAAGAUAAGGAAAGCAGGUAUUCACAUUCUUGGAGCUGGAGCCAAUAACCUUUUACCUAUAAAUAUCAAAAUGGUUGCAAAUUGUUUUUUUUUGCUAAUCAACUGAUUGACUUAUAUUUAUAGCUUUAUUUUCAUUAUCCACAGUAUAACUUCCAUUACUUUUUACUUCGACCCCCCCCCCCCCCCAUGCACUGCUCAGAAUAGAAUAUUCCAUUUCAGAGCUUGCCCUAUCAAACACACACACACACACACCCCUCUGGGUCCAACAUGGUCUCUCCCACCCAGGCAGUGCUCACUGAUCUCCCCUAGCAACCAAGCAGGCAAGGCUGACCGGACUUGUGUGCUCGUCUUUCCCCUUUCAGUGUGUGUGCGCGUGUGUCUGCGCGUGCGUGUGGUGACAUCAUCAGCUCCGACAGUCAGCUGCUGCAGUGGAGGGAGAGCAAGAGAAAAGGAUGGGGGAGGGAGAGAGAGGACACACACACACACACACUCUCUCUUCCACUCAAACACACACACACUCACUCCCCCGCUUGUCUUCCUCUGGUAAACAUGGCAGCGGCUGCAGCGACUAACACACGCAGCGAGCAGUGCGUAGUGAAGCCUAGCUUAGCGUAGCCUAGCCUAGCCUCGUCUCAACUGUCAACAUGGAGGAGGAGGACGCAGCGGCCGACCCCUAUUUGCCCUACGACGGGGGAGGGGACACCAUCCCCCUGCAGGAGAUCCCUAAAAGAGGGUCUAACUACGUCAUGUCUAACGGGGGCGGGGCACCCAGCAGCACCACCCACCUGCUGGACUUCCUAGAGGAGCCCAUCCCUGGCGUCGGGACCUACGACGACUUCCACACCAUCGACUGGGUCCGCGAGAAGUGCAAGGACCGCGAGCGGCACCGGAAGAUCAACAGUAAGAAAAAGGAGUCAGCAUGGGAGUUCACAAAGAGCCUGUACGACGCCUGGUCUGGGUGGCUGGUGGUGACACUCACCGGCUUGGCCUCAGGUGCUUUGGCCGGCCUGAUUGACAUUGCUGCUGAUUGGUUGAACGACCUGAAGGAGGGCGUGUGUCUGAGCGCCAUGUGGUUCAACCACGAGCAGUGCUGCUGGACGUCCAAUGAGACCACCUUCGCUGAGCGGGACAAGUGCCCCCAGUGGAAGAGCUGGGCUGAGCUAAUACUGGGCCAGGCCGAGGGGCCCGGCUCGUACAUCAUGAACUACUUCAUGUACAUCUACUGGGCUCUGUCCUUCGCCUUCCUGGCUGUGUGUCUGGUCAAGGUGUUUGCUCCCUACGCCUGCGGCUCGGGGAUCCCUGAGAUCAAAACCAUCCUGAGCGGGUUUAUCAUCCGGGGCUACCUGGGCAAGUGGACCCUGUUGAUCAAGACCAUCACUCUGGUCCUGGCCGUGGCGUCUGGCCUGAGCCUGGGGAAGGAGGGCCCCCUGGUCCACGUGGCGUGCUGCUGUGGGAACAUCUUCUCCUACCUCUUCCCCAAGUACAGCAAGAACGAGGCCAAGAAACGAGAGGUUCUCUCGGCUGCGUCGGCGGCCGGGGUCUCCGUUGCUUUUGGCGCCCCGAUUGGAGGCGUGCUCUUCAGCUUGGAGGAGGUGAGCUACUACUUCCCCCUCAAGACGCUGUGGCGCUCCUUCUUCGCCGCCCUGGUGGCGGCCUUCGUCCUGCGCUCCAUCAACCCGUUUGGAAACAGCCGCCUGGUGCUGUUCUACGUGGAGUACCACACGCCGUGGUACCUGUUUGAGCUCAUCCCCUUCAUCCUGCUGGGAGUGUUCGGAGGCCUCUGGGGCGCCUUCUUCAUCCGGGCCAACAUCGCCUGGUGCCGGCGGCGCAAGUCGACGCGCUUCGGCAAGUACCCGGUGCUGGAGGUGAUCUUCGUCGCGGCCAUCACCGCCGUGGUCGCGUUCCCGAACCCGUACACUCGCCAGAACACCAGCGAGCUGAUAAAGGAGCUGUUCACCGACUGCGGCCCGCUGGAGUCCUCGCAGCUCUGCCAGUACCGCAGCCAGAUGAACGGCAGCAAGGCCUUCACCGACAACCCCAACCGGCCGGCGGGGCCCGGCGUCUACGCCGCCAUGUGGCAGCUGUGCCUGGCGCUCAUCUUUAAAAUCAUCAUGACCAUAUUCACCUUUGGACUCAAGGUGCCGUCGGGUCUGUUCAUCCCCAGCAUGGCCAUCGGGGCGAUCGCCGGGCGAAUCGUGGGCAUCGCCGUGGAGCAGCUGGCCUAUUAUCACCACGACUGGUUCCUCUUCCGAGAGUGGUGCGAGGUGGGCGCCGACUGCAUCACCCCGGGGCUCUACGCCAUGGUGGGGGCCGCGGCGUGUCUGGGCGGCGUGACCCGUAUGACCGUCUCCCUGGUCGUCAUCGUCUUCGAGCUGACCGGCGGCUUGGAGUACAUCGUCCCCCUCAUGGCCGCCGUCAUGACCAGCAAAUGGGUGGGCGACGCGUUCGGCCGCGAGGGGAUCUACGAGGCCCACAUCCGCCUGAACGGAUACCCCUUCUUGGACGCCAAGGAGGAGUUCACUCACGUCACGCUGGCCAGGGAGGUGAUGAGGCCUCGGCGCAGCGACCCGCCGUUAGCGGUGCUGACGCAGGACGACCUGACGGUGGAGGAGCUGCAGAGCACCAUCAACGAAACCAGUUAUAAUGGUUUCCCCGUGAUCGUGUCCAAGGAGUCCCAGAGGCUGGUGGGCUUCGCUCUGCGCAGGGACAUCAACAUCGCUAUAGAAAAUGCCCGUCGCAAGCAGGAGGGCAUCAUGUUGAACUCCAGGGUGUACUUCACCCAGCACGCACCCACCCUGCCGGCCGACAGCCCCCGGCCCCUCAAGCUGCGCUCCAUCCUGGACAUGAGCCCCUUCACGGUCACCGACCACACCCCCAUGGAGAUCGUGGUGGACAUCUUCAGGAAGAUGGGGCUGCGCCAGUGUCUGGUCACCCACAACGGGCGGCUUCUUGGUAUUAUCACAAAAAAAGACAUCCUUCGUCACAUGGCUCAAAUGGCAAACCUAGACCCCGAGUCCAUCAUGUUCAACUGAUCCGCUCCUUCCAGGACGGCCGGGGGGGAGGGGGAGGCGACAGCGAGGAGGAGGUGCACCUCCUGGACGGCUCCAACCUCUGACACUCGGACCCCGUUUUCUCCUUUUUUUUUUUUUUUUCGGCUUUGUAGACCCCCCACACCCCCCCAUCAGAGACUUACCGGCGGCGAGGGAUGACAGACACGAUACAAGACUUGUGUUAUUCUGCUUCUGGCUGCUGAGGUCACACGGAGGUCACAGGGGGUGACGGCAAACACACGAGGAAUGCACUUUGCACACACGCGACAUCACAAAAACACACUUUUGCACCCGCGGACACCUCGAAACACGCAUGCUCUCUCUUCAAAUACACAUAACCUGUAAAGAGACACCCAUCUGCACUCUUCGUGUGCCUCGCCCCUCGUCUCCGCCGAAGUCGUGGUAGACGUCGCCUGGCAAGGGGUCAAAGGUCAGAAUGAACCGCCGACGAGGGGGGGACGCGAUGAGGGACCUUGAAACCUGCAGGCUUCUAUUCAAGUAAACUCACUUUCCUCCUCCCCCGUGCACUCUCACCAGACCUGUCCGUCCUCCAGUGAAAUACAUUGUUUACCUGUGUUUUAAAUGUGUGUGUGUGUGAGCGAGAACAUGACUGUGUGUGUGUGUGUGUGUGUGUCACCAAGCGCCACUACAUUCCAGCCGGGCUACCAUGGGAACUGAGAGGACGUGCACCUGCUCCUCACCCUACACAUGUGGCAGGAAGCCAGGAUCACAUGGCUGCUUCUCCCUGGUGCACGUUGGUCUAACUGGGACGGCUUUAACGUGUGUGUGUGUGUGUGUGUGUGUGUGUGUGUGUGUGUGUGUGUGUGAUUCUCGUUGAAGGCAGGUCAAGUGUGUACGUAAAGAAAACAACAACAAAAAAGAAAAGAACAAGUGUCCACGUUGAGUUCUUCUGCGUUCUCUGUUACAGGAAACAAAAUAUAUCAAAUUUUGUUUGUUUUUUCUUCUCAAACUUAUGACGCAACUUUCAGACUUUUGGUUCUGCAGUAAUUUAAUCGGUUACGUUUUUUUUGGGGGGGCUUAAAACAAAACUGGAAAUCUGUUGGGUGGUGGUGAUUUUUUUUCUUUCUCUGAUAUCUGUCCACGUCUUCGGGUAAUAACGUGUUUGUCAUGUAUUAAAUUACUUUAUCGGAAGAAAAGUACGAUGAAACUAUCAAAAACCUGAUUUUUCCACUCACUGAAAAAACUAAAUGCAAAGCGAUAUUGUUCCUAUCACACUUUGAUUAAAUGGUAUUUCCCAACAGUUGAUAGUGUUUUUGAUUUGAGCCAGAUGAGUGGAAGUUAAGAGCUUAAAUUGAAUAACACUUUGCUUUAAAAAUUGCUUAAAAUACAGAAAAUCAAAACCAAUAUAAAAGGUCACAACAUUUUUCAAACACUGAGAUUUUAAAAAGAUUUCAAACUAACAAUUAAUAGAUUAAUUUUGGCGAAUUACUCAAGCGCAGGUUUGGAUAAAUACCCUAAAUGCUGUUCCAGUCCAUCAUAACAGCAAAUAUCAACUUUUAAUAUUCAUAAAUAAUGAAACACGUCGACCGGUGGACCGUUUUAAUUUUAAUAAACUGCUGUUUUCCCAAGUCGGGAAUGAUCUUUCGGGCUCUAGUUAAUUUUGUGUGGAGCAACGUUUGUUUUCCCUUUUUGACUCUCGUGUCAUAUCCUGUCAAUCAUCUCACGGCUACAUCUGCACGUUUUAGUUUCAGCAGGUUGUGCUCGCCAAGUACCUGGCAAAGGUGAGGGUUGUUUUUUUUUUUUCUGGCUUUAUACGCCCGUAUUUUAUCCCCAAAAAUAAACACCUGCUGCUCCCACCAACACGGCGAAAGGGAAUUGAAGCGAUGGAGAGAUGAAGCGGGGACAAACGGUACAGAGAAAGAGAGAGAGAGAGAGAGAGAGAGUUCCUCCUUGUCUGCUCCUGCUGUGUGUCGACAGGCAGCAGAUCAUUUAUUAACCAGUGGUGUUGCCUAACAUUGUAUUUCAUACUGAUCUGGAUGUGUUCUUCUUUUCAUUUUUAUUUUUUUUUAUUUAUGAGUAGUGUCGAUUUAGAGUUGUGCGUUAUUUACGAAUAAUUUGAUGUAUGAUUACAUUGAUUGUUUGAUUGUACAUUUAAAACUAAAAUGUGUAAAAGAUUACAUUUUGGUUUAAAUUAAAAAGGAACAAAAAAACGUU